AAGUUGAUAGCCAUCAUUCAGAUGAAACCGGUUCGGGAGAGGGCGAGAACUCCAACGGAGGUAUUUCGAAUAUAGGUGGAAAUGACGACGACCAAGCACGGCUAAUACUCAAACGAAAAUUGCAGAGAAAUCGAACUUCGUUCACGAACGAGCAAAUCGAUAGCUUAGAAAAAGAAUUCGAACGUACCCAUUAUCCAGAUGUUUUUGCACGUGAGCGGCUAGCUGGUAAAAUUGGCCUGCCUGAGGCUCGAAUACAAGUUUGGUUCUCUAAUCGGCGCGCUAAAUGGCGUCGCGAAGAAAAAUUGCGUAAUCAGCGACGGACACCCAGUUCGACCGGUGGCAGCUCUACGGUUUCGACGACUUCCGUAACUGAUAGUCCCAAUAGCGGCAGAAUGAGCUGCAAUAGCGGUACGGCAGUUCUGCCAAGUGGAACACUCAUGCUUUUCGAUUAUUUCGGCUAUGCAACGCCGACGACAGAUGCAGCGAUUCCCGAUACAACUAUGGCAUCAUCCGUGACGCAAACUUCAGUGGGUGCCUCAGGCAGCGGCGCUGACACGCCGGACCAUCUGGCUAGUGGACAUCAUUUUUCAUCGUGCGGUAGCAACGCAAGCGGCUCAAGUGCCACAAGUUUUGGCGUGGGAUAUUCAGGUAACCGCAAUAGUAUUGGCAUGAUGGGUCUGAGCACUUUAAGUACUAGUACGUGCUCGCCAAUUGGUUCUGGACAUACAUAUCAUUCAGCGGCACAUCAUACACAUGCAUCACAUGCCCAUAUAGGCGGCUCUGUUAUGCCACCUCUAUCACCCCGACUUAAUUUGAACAGCGGAUUCAGCAGUUCCAUGGGAUCCAUGUAUUCAACGAUACAUCAUCACUCCACGAAGCCUAUGAGUGAGACCUAUAGUUCAAUGGCUACGAUGUCGUCUUUUACACAUCCCUCAAUUACGACGGUUCCUGGCUCACAACUUGCACAGCAACGGGAUUUAAACCCCCCCUCACUAUAUCAGUGUCAUAUGUCGCUUCGCGCUCCACUGCCACCUCCGACUCAUCACCACACGGUAGUUGGAAGCUUUGGAAUACCUUCUUCAAGUGGUACAAUUUCUAACAGCGGUUCAAUAAUUGGAAGCGUCAGUUCUGGCGUAACAGGAACUAGUCUAUCAAAUUUGCAGACUACAUGCAGUGGCUAUGAUGCAACACUGAACACUUAUAGCCAAACUGUAGGUAUGCAACCAGCACCGCCACCGCUUCCCCUACUAACACCCAACAUCUCCAGCAAUGCAUCUGCCACGCCUCAAGUCUCUAACGAAAGCUCGGCAUCAACCUUAAACUGUGGCAGUGAAUCAACGACUUCUACCACUAACAUAAGCAACGUCAUAACACUAUCAGCGCGAAACUCAUCGUGUAGUCCACGAACACAUCAGUUGGGUACCCCUAACGAUAUCAGCGGGAUCGGUAGUGUGGCAUCGCAUAUCACGGACAGCUGCUCUCAAAUUGGUUAUGGAUAUGCAGCCGCAGCGGCGGUUACAACAGCAGCUUGCACCAACAACAACGAAUGUUCCGCAUCAAUGGUACCUCCGACUCUGAGCCCACAACACCCAGCAGGUAAACAACAGCAAUUUUUCGCUUCCUGCUUUUACUCACCCUGGGUUUAAAAGGAACGUGUAUCGCUUAAGGCUUCGAUCACUCACUCGAACAUGAAAUCAUGAAUUAAAACAGCAACGCAACACAACAAUGGGGAUACGUCAAUAUUAUGAAAAAAACAUGUAUACAAUUUUAAUGCAUUUUGUUAAUAUCAAAUCAAAAAUCGAAACAAACGAGUUGAAAUCAUUUACAGCAUAUCCGAGAUCCACAGACAUAUAUAUCUGUGUUCAUAUGUAUGCACAUAUGUACGUACCCUUAGUAAAAAUA